UUUAAUAAAUAUAAACUUAUUGGUAUUUCAAUGGGAAGUGUGGACCUUCUUUUGGGUGACGAGAUAGGACUGUUGUUGUUGUUUUCAUAUGAGCUCAUUCAUUUUGUUUUGUUUGCAGGCCACGUCAGUUCUGCCAGUCCUCCCAUUUUGAAUAUCAUUUGAGAGAAGAGGUGGACACAUCUUGAUCCAGUUUGGAGGCAGCCUAGAAGUACAGAGCAAAGAUGGAAGGGCCAGAGCCAGCUGCCACUCAGUUGGAAGUAUUUUCUUCUGCUGUUGAGGCAGAGAACAGUAGAGCACUCUGGGAGGACCCUUGGACGAAAGACCGGGAGAGCAAUCUGCUCCAUUCAGAGCUUCAGUACCAGCGCUUCCGGCAUUUCCGCUAUGAGGAGGCCUUGGGGCCCCGAGAGGUUUGCAGCCACCUCCACUCUCUCUGCCGCCUGUGGCUGAAGCCCGAGCGACACUCCAAGGCGGAGAUGCUGGACCUGGUGAUCCUGGAGCAGUUCCUGGCCGUCCUCCCUGCGGAGAUGGAGCGCUGGGUGAGGGAAUGUGGGGCAGAGACCAGUUCCCAGGCCGUGGCCUUGGCUGAAGGAUUCCUCAUGAGUCAGGAAGAAGAGAGGAAGCGGGAGAAGCCACAGGUGGUGGAGUCUUUUGCAGAUGAGACCAGCCAGGUGGAGGAGUCUCCUUUAGACAUCAUGUGUGUGGUCCAGACUGCAAAUGGAGAAUCUAUCACAGUUGGCAGUGAAACACAGCCAAGUGAUAGUAGCACAAUUUUUCAUGAUUCUUUCCUUAGAAGGGAUUCUGCGAGACCAGAUCAGGUGACUUUUGGAGAUGUGUCUGUGGAUUUCUCAGAGGAGGAGUGGGCCCUCUUGGAUCCAAGCCAGAAAGCCUUGCACCAGCAAGUCAUGGAGGAGAUGUUAGGGAUUGUCUCAUCUCUGGAGGAGGAGAUAACAUUUAAAAAUUUGGAAUAUGGAAUGAAUUUCAAUCGGAAGGAUAUUCAAAAAACUCACAGAAGGGGCGAACAUUUUAAAUGCCUGGAGUGUGGAAAGAGCUUCAGUCAGAAGGAAGUUCUUGUUUGUCAUCAGGCAACUCACACAGGAGAAAGACCAUUUAAAUGCUCAGAAUGUGGAAAGAGCUUCAUUCGGAAGGGAUACCUUGUUCGCCACCAGAAAACUCACACAGGAGAAAGACCAUUUAAAUGCUCAGAGUGUGGAAAGAACUUCAGUAGUAAAUCAAACCUUGUGCAUCAUCAAGUAAUUCACACAGGAGAAAAGCCAUUUAAAUGUUUUCAAUGUGGAAAGAGCUUCAGAUGGAAGGGAGACCUUGUUCACCACCAGAAGAUCCACACAGGAGAAAGACCAUUUAAAUGCCCAGAAUGUGGAAAGAGCUUCAUUCGGAAGAGAGACCUUGUUCACCACCAGAAAACUCACACAGGAGAAAGACCAUUUAAAUGCUCAGAAUGUGGAAAGGGCUUCAGUCAGUCAGGAGAACUUGUUCGCCAUCGGAAAAAUCACACAGGAGAGAGACCGUUUAAAUGCUCAGAGUGUGGAAAGAGCUUCAUACACAAAUCAAACCUUGUUUACCACCAGAAAACGCACACAGGAGAGAGACUGUUUAAAUGCUUAGCGUGUGGAAAGAGCUUCAUACACAAAUCAAACUUUGUUCACCACCAGAAAACUCACACAGGAGAGAGACCUUUUAAAUGCUCACAGUGUGGAAAGAGCUUCAGUGAGAAGGGAGACCUUGUUUGCCACCAGAAAUCUCACACUGGAGAAAGACCAUUAAAAUGCUCACAGUGUGGAAAGAGCUUCAGUGAGAAGGGAGACCUUGUUCACCACCAGAAGAUCCACACAGGAGAAAGACCAUUUAAAUGCUCAGAGUGUGGAAAGAGCUUCAGUAGUAAAUCAUACCUUGUGCAUCAUCAAGUUAUUCACACAGGAGAAAAGCCAUUUAAAUGUUUUCAGUGUGGAAAGAGCUUCAGAUGGAAGGGAGACCUUGUUCACCACCAGAAGACCCACACAGGAGAAAGACCAUUUAAAUGCCCAGAAUGUGGAAAGAGCUUCAUUCGGAAGGGAGAGCUUGUUCACCACCAGAAAACUCACACAGGAGAAAGACCAUUUAAAUGCUCAGAAUGUGGAAAGGGCUUCAGUCUGUCAGGAGACCUUGUUCGCCAUCGGAAAACUCACACAGGAGAGAGAUUGUUUAAAUCAGGCGUCCUCAAACUAAGGCCCGGGGGCCGGAUACAGCCCUCCAAUGUCAUUUCCCUGGCCCUCGCUCAGGGUCAAUCUAAGUCUGAAAUGACUUGAAAGCACAAAACAACAACAACAACAACAAUCCUAUCUCACCAGCCAGAAGCAGAUCCACACUUCCUAUUGAAAUACUAAUAAGUUUAUAUUUGUUAAAAUUAUACUUGUUCUCCAUUUUAAUUAUUGUAUUGUUUUAAGUGGGAUUUUUUUUUGCACUACAAAUAAGAUAUAUACAGAGUGCAUAGGAAUUAUUUCAUUAUUUUUUUUCAAAUUAUAAUCCGGCCCUCCAACAGUUUGCGGGACUGUGACCUGGCCCUCUGUUUAAAAAGUUUGAGGACCUCUGGUUUAAAUGCUCGAGAGUGUGGAAAAAGCUUCAGACACAAAUCAAACCUUGUUCGCCACGAGAAACCUCACACAGGAGAGACACCAUUCAGAUGCUCAGAGUGUGGAAAGUGCUUCAGUCGGAAGGGAAUCCUUGUUCAUCAUCAGGUAACUCACGUGAGAAAAACCAGAGGGGAAAGAGCUUCAGUGAAAAUACAAGUCUUCUUUUUCAAUCAACCCACUCAGGGGUGAAACCUUAAGCUUGGAAAGAACUUUAAUGAGAAGCAAAACCUACUUAAGCAUGAAAUAUGUCAAACUGGAAAUAAAUUAUUUCAAUGCUC